AUGAAUUCCACAGCAAAGUUUUUAAUCCUUCUCACAAGUUUUUUGUGCCUGUUUCUCCUCAUCACUCUAUUCAAAUUCCUUCACAAAUAUUGGUGGAUACCUUUCCGCAUACAGUACGCACUGAGUUUACAGGGAAUCAAAGGACCUCCUUAUGAAUUCAUCCAUGGAAACAGCAAAGCAUCUGUCCAAUUCAGGAAAGAAGCAUUCAGCAAACCCAUGGCAUCCUUGACUCAUGAUAUAUUUCCGAGGGUGCUGCCUCAUUUUUACUCCUGGAUCAACAUAUAUGGGAAGAAUUAUCUUACCUGGGAAGGAACUCGAGCUCAACUGGUAAUUUCAGAACCAGAACUAGUCAAAGAGGUUCUGAAAAAUAUUGAAGGAUCUUUUCCGAAAACGAAGUUUAAAAACUUUAUCUAUAAGAUACUCGGGGACGGGCUUGUGGCAGCCGAAGGUGAAAAAUGGGCCAGGCAAAGGAAGUUGGCAAAUCAUGCUUUUCAUGGGGAGAGCUUAAAAAGCAUGAAUCCAGCAAUAAUUGCUGCCAUUGAGACAAUGCUAGAGAAGUGGAAAGGCCGAGAAGGGAAAGAGAUCGAAGUGUUUGAACAAUUCAGGUUACUGACUUCAGAAGUUAUAUCUAGAACAGCUUUUGGUAGCAGUUACUUGGAAGGGGAGAAGAUUUUUCAAAUGUUGAUUAAAUUAUCAGUACUUGCUAGCAGAAAUCUUCAUAAAUCUCGGAUUCCUGGCAUCAGCAAGAUUUGGAAAACUACGGAUGAAAUAGAAUCAGAAAAGCUUGCUAAAGGAAUACAUGAAUGUGUGAUGGAAAUGGUUAAGAAAAGGGAAGAGAAAAUAGUGACUGGAGAAGCGGACAGUUUCGGCAGUGAUUUUCUAGGAUUACUUGUCGAUGCUUUUCACGAUUCGGAUGAGAAAAACAGGCUCUCCGUAGAAGACUUAGUAGAUGAGUGCAAAACAUUCUACUUUGCUGGACAAGAAACCACUAAUUCCUUGCUCGUAUGGACAGUCCUGCUUUUAGCAAUCCAUACAGAUUGGCAAGAGAAAGCAAGACGAGAGGUGAUCGAGGUAUUUGGUGACAAAAAUCCUCAUUCUGAAGGCAUUUCCAAACUAAAAACUAUGAACAUGAUCAUCAAUGAAACCCUGAGAUUGUAUCCUCCUGUAUCUGCCAUAUCUAGAAAUGUUGCAAGAGACGUUCAAUUGGGAAAGCUCAUUAUUCCUGUUAAUAUGGUGGUUAUAAUCCCGAUCAUAGCACUUCACCAUGACCCUCAACUAUGGGGUGAUGAUGCGCAUCUUUUCAAACCAGAGAGAUUUGCAGAAGGUAUUGCCAAAGCUACCAAAUACAAUGCAGCUGCAUUCAUUCCCUUCUCAUUGGGACCUCGAUCAUGCGUGGGUAUGAGCUUUGCAACCACAGAAACAAAGACUGCUCUCUCAAUGAUCCUACAACGCUACUCUAUUACUCUCUCCCCAGCCUAUAUUCAUGCGCCAUUUCCUCAACUUAUGGUUCAGCCACAACAUGGACUUCAAGUAAUGCUUCAUUCUCUACAGAGUGAUGCCUGAAGUUUUUUAAUGCAAUAGCUGCUUCUAUUAGUGUCCAAACGGUAAAAUAUUCAUAAUAAAUAAGAAACAGUUUUAAAUAAUGGUGUGAUCAAUGCACACAGAGUUCUUACCAGCCAUUUUUGGCUCCUAAUUAUGUAUCAAUUCAAGUUUUUAAAUUGGGUGAUCCUUGACAUGCUGUCAGAGCCUUUCAGUUUUAAAUAAUUUGUAUCUCUUUUCCAUAUUUCUUGGCUACUUACUGGUGUAGGGAACCGGGUAACUGGUGGAUUUGUCCACUACUGUAUCCAAAA